CCACUCCUUCAGCGGGAUGUACUUGACCUGUCUGAAGACGUCCAGGUCUCUGACGGACAAGCUGUCGUUCGAUGUCGGACUUCAAGAGGACUCAAUAGGAGAAGCCUGCUGGUGGACCAUCCACCCUGCGUCCAAGCAGAGAUCCGAGGGAGAGAAAGUUCGCAUCGGAGACGACCUGAUUCUCGUCAGCGUGUCAACAGAGAGAUACCUGCACCUCUCCAUCUCCAACCGCAACAUCCAGGUGGAUGCCUCCUUCAUGCAGACUCUGUGGAACGUCCAGCCCACCUGCUCCUCAAGCAACGUGGCUGUAGGGUUUUUGACCGGUGGACACGUGAUGCGUCUUUGUCACGGACACGACGAGAGCUUGACCAUCCCCGGAGCCGACAAGAGUGAGGAGGAGCAGAGGAUAGUGAACUAUGAGGCGGGUAAAGGAGCAUCCAGGGCCCGCUCACUGUGGAGACUGGAGCCUCUCAGGAUCAGCUGGAGCGGUAGCCACAUUCGAUGGGGCCAGUCCUUCAGACUGCGUCACCUCUCCACCGGCCAUUACCUGGCCCUGACCGAGGACCGUGGACUGGUCCUGCAGGACAGAGAGAAGUCAGAUACCACGGCCACUGCUUUCUGCUUCAGGGCUUCCAAGGAAAAGGGGGACCCGGGUCCGAAGAGGGACAUCGACGGGAUGGGUGUGCCGGAGAUCAAGUACGGGGACUCGGUGUGCUUCAUCAUGCACGUGCAGACAGGACUGUGGCUGUCCUACCUGGCGCCUGACGCCAAGUCGUCUCGCCUAGGACCCCUGAAAAGACGGGCCUGCCUUCAUUCUGAGGGCCACAUGGACGACGGGCUGAUCCUGCAGCGCUGUCAGCACGAGGAGUCUCGCGCCGCUCGCAUCAUCCGCAACUCCACCUUCCUCUUCGCCAACUUCAUCAAGGCGCUGGACAGCACGGCGGCCGGCGAGUCCAUGGCGGUGGCCGGGUACGUGGAGGAGGUGCUGCAGACGCUGAACGACCUGAUCGAGUACUUCAAACAGCCCGACCCGGAGCUGGAGCACGAGGAGAAACAGUGUCUCCUCCGCUCGCUCAUCAAGCGCCAGGACCUCUUCAAAGAGGAGGGAAUGCUGUCCCUCUUGUCCAACUGCAUUGACAGAAUGAACCUGUACAACAGCGCUGCACACUUCGGGGAGAUGGCGGGCGAGGAGGCGGGCGCUGCCUGGAAGGACAUCCUCAACCUUCUCUACGAGCUCCUGGCCUCACUGAUUCGUGGGAACAGAAUCAACUGCACCCAGUUUUCCCGCAACCUGGACUGGCUGGUCAGCAAACUGGAGAGACUGGAAUCUUCAUCAGGGAUCCUGGAAGUCCUCCACUGCAUCUUGGUCGAAAGCCCAGAGGCUCUGAACAUCAUCCAGAGAGGGCACAUUAAAUCCAUCAUCUCUCUGCUCUACAAGCACGGACGCAACCACAAGAUUCUCGAUGUGCUGUGCUCACUCUGUGUUUGCAAUGGGGUGGCAGUCAGAGCCAAUCAGAAUCUGAUCUGUGACAACCUCCUUCCCAAACGGGAUCUGCUUCUUCAGACUCGACUGGUCAACGAUGUUCAGAGCAUGAGGCCAAACAUCUUCCUGGGCAUGGCUGAAGGUUCAGCCCAGUACAAGAAGUGGUACUUCGAGCUGGUGAUCGACCAGGUGGACCACUUUGUCACCGGGGAGCCGACCCACCUGAGGGUGGGCUGGGCCAACACCAAGGGCUACGCUCCGUAUCCCGGUGGAGGAGAGGGAUGGGGAGGCAACGGUGCCGGGGAUGAUCUGUACUCCUACAGCUUUGAUGGACUCCACCUGUGGUCAGGCCGAAUCCCGCGGGCCGUGGCCUCCAUCAACAUGCACCUGCUGAACUCGGACGACGUGGUCAGCUGCUGUCUGGAUCUGGGCGCUCCCAGCAUGUCCUUCAGGAUCAACGGGCAGCCCGUCCAGGGCAUGUUUGAGGACUUCAACACAGACGGCUUCUUCUUCCCGGUCGUCAGCUUCUCUGCAGGCGUCAAGGUCCGUUAUCUCUUGGGCGGACGCCACGGAGAUUUCAAGUUCCUGCCGCCGGCCGGUUACUCCCCGUGCUACGAGGCGCUGCUGCCCAAAGAGAAGAUGCACGUGGAGCCUGUGAAGGAGUACAAGAGGGACCACGAGGGGAUCCGGGACCUGCUGGGAACCACCCAGUUCCUCUCCCAGGCCUCCUUCAUCCCCACUCCUGUCGACACCACCCAGGUUGUUCUCCCCCCCCACCUGGACAACGUCCGGGACAAGCUGGCAGAGAACAUCCACGAACUGUGGGGGAUGAACAAGAUUGAACUGGGCUGGACCUACGGCAAGGUCCGUGAUGACAACAAGAGGCAGCACCCUUGCCUUGUGGAUUUCUCCAAGCUGCCCGAAACUGAAAGGAACUACAACCUGCAGAUGUCCAGUGAAACACUUAAGACCCUGAUGGCACUGGGAUGCCACGUUGCCCAGGUCAAUGUGAACGCUGCGGAUGAUCUGAAGAAAAUCAAACUACCCAAAGACUACGUGAUGUCUAAUGGAUAUAAGCCCGCGCCACUGGAACUCUCUGAUGUGAAGCUGACGGCAGGUCACGAGGUUCUGGUCGACAAACUGGCAGAGAACGCUCACAACGUGUGGGCCAAGGACAGAAUCAAGCAAGGAUGGACCUACGGCAUCCAGCAGGAUUUGAAGAGCAGGCGUAACCCUCGCCUGGUGCCGUACGCGUUACUGGACGAGCGCACUAAGAAAUCCAACAGAGACAGUCUGAGAGAGGCCAUCAGGACCGUGGUUGGAUAUGGAUAUGACAUCGACCCCCCCGACCAGGAGGUCGUCCAUUUGGUGGACAAUCAGAGCAUCGAGACCAUUCGCUUCUUCCGCGUGGAGCAGACGUACGCAGUGAAGACGGGGAAGUGGUACUUUGAGUUUGAAGCCCUGGGUGGAGGUGACAUGAGGGUGGGCUGGGCCCGACCGGGCUGCAGACCUGAUGUGGAACUGGGGUCGGACAACCAGGCCUUUGUUUUCGACGGAUACAGGGGUCGACGUAUGCACGCAGGCAGCCGCUACUUCGGACACCCGUGGAAAAAGGGCGACGUGGUUGGCUGUUUGAUCAACAUGGAGGACAAAUCGAUGAUUUUCACCCUGAACGGAGAACUCCUGAUCACCAGCAAGGGCUCCGAGCUCUGCUUCACCGACUUUGAGACAGAGGACGGUUUCAUCCCCGUGUGCAGUAUGGGGAUGUCUCAGAGCGGCCGCAUGAACCUGGGCAAGGACGCCAGCACCUUGAAGUACUACACCAUGUGUGGUCUGCAGGAGGGAUUCGAACCCUUCGCUGUCAACAUGAACAGAGACAUCACAAUGUGGUUCAGCAAGCGCCUGCCCACCUUCGUCAACACGCCUCAGGACCACAUGCACAUCGAGGUGACGAGGAUCGAUGGCACGGUGGACAACCCGCCCUGCCUCAAGGUCACCCACAAGACGUUCGGCACACAGAACAGCAACAGCGACAUGGUGUACUGUAGACUGAGCAUGCCCGUGGAGUUCCUCUCCGCCGACGCCUUCCUGGACGAGUCGCUGAAACUCAGGUCAGAGAUCAGCAACACUCCCAAAGAAGACGGAGCUGUGGACUAUGGAAGAAUCACAACUUACUACCACUCAGUGAGAGUGUUUGCUGGUCAGGACCCUGCCUCGGUGUGGGUGGGCUGGGUCUCACCCGACUAUCACUACUACAGCAAGAACUUCAGCCUCAACAAGACGCAGUCAGUCACUGUGACGCUGGGAGACGAGAGGGGCCGAGUGCACGAGAGUGUCCAGAGGAGCAACUGCUACAUGGUGUGUGGAGCAGACGCCGUCGCCCCGUCCUCCUCCAGCCGCACCAGCUCCGACCUGGAGAUCGGCUGCCUGAUCGACCUGGCCACCGGCCUCGUGUCCUUCACCGCCAACGGGAAGGAGCUGCCCACAACAUAUCAGGUGGAGCCAAAUACUAAGCUCUUCCCAGCUGUGUUCGUUCACCCCACCUGUGCAAACCUCUUCCAGUUUGAAUUUGUCAAGACCAAGGACGCCAUGCCGCUCUCAUCGGCCAUUUUCAAGAGCGAGCACAGGAACCCGGUGCCGCAGUGCCCGCCACGACUGGAUGUGCAGACCAUCGUGGCCGUGCUGUGGAGCCGGAUGCCGAACACCUUCCUCAGUGUGGAGACGGCCCGGGUCAGCGAGCGGCACGGUUGGGUGAUCCAGUGUCUGGAGCCGCUGCAGAUAAUGGCUGUUCACAUCCCGGAGGAGAACAGGUGUUUGGACAUCCUGGAGUUAUCUGAGCACGAAGACCUGAAGAAAUUCCACUACCACACGCUGAAGCUGUACUGCGCCCUCUGCGCCCUGGGAAACACCCGGGUAGCUCAUGCCCUCUGCAGCCACAUGGACCAGUCACAGCUCCUCUACACCAUCGACAACCAGUACCUGUCUGGGAUGCUGCGAGAGGGCUUCUACAAUGUCCUCAUCAGCAUCCAUCUUGAGACGGCGAAGGAGGCUCGCCUGAUGAUGAAUAACGAGUUCAUCAUCCCCGUGACGGAUGAGACUCGCUCCAUCAAGCUGUUCCCGGACGAAUCCAAGCGCCACUCGCUGCCCGGCGUGGGCCUGAGCACCUCCCUCAAGCCCCGCGUCAACUUCUCCGCUGUGGGCAUCAUCGACACCAAGCAGCACCAGUACCUGUUCAGCCCCCAGAUCCCCCUGGGCGUCCUGAAGGAGAAGGCCAUCAGCAUGCUCACCGAGGCCGUGCAGGGCGGAGGCAACCACAUCCGCGACCCCGUGGGCGGCAGCGUCAAGUACCACUUCGUCCCCAUCCUGAAGCUGAUCGGAACGCUGCUGAUCAUGGGCGUCCUGACCAGCGAGGAGGUGAGGCUGAUCCUCCUCCUGAUCGACCCCAACGUGUUCCGAGAGGCCAAGGAGGGCGAGGAGGGGAAGGCGGAGGAGGGGGCCGCGGCCGGGGAGAAGGAGGAGGUGAGCAAGAACGAGGAGAAGGCCGUGGAGGCCGGAGAGGAGGAGACCAAGGAGAGCAAACCGCCGGCCAAAGGUCUGCUGGAGAAGUCACUGCCGGAGCCUGUGAAACGCCAGAUGUGUGAGCUGCUCCAUUACUUCUGUGACUGCGAGCUGAAGCAUCGCAUCGAGGCCAUCGUCUCCUUCUCCGACAGCUUCGUGUCCAAGCUGCAGUUCAACCAGAAGUUCCGCUACAACGAGCUGAUGCUGGCGUUCAACAUGUCCGCCGCCGUCACUGCCAAGAAGACCAAAGAGUUCCGCUCACCGCCUCAGGAGCAGAUCAACAUCCUGUUGAAUUUCACUGCAGGGGAGGACUGUCCCUGUCCCGAGGAAAUCCAGGAUCAACUCAACGCCUUCCAUGAAGAGCUGCGACUCCACUGUGGAAUUCCGGUGGAGGAGGAAGAAGAGGAGCAGGACACGUCGAUAAAAGGCCGUCUCCUUGCUCUGCUCUACAAGAUCAAGGGUCCGCCUCAGAAGACGGAGGAGACACCAGCCGAGACAGAGCAGCCUCCUCCCACCAACCUGAAGGAGCUGAUCUCCCAGACCAUAACCAGCUGGGCCCAGGAGUCUCACAUCCAGGACCCCGAGCUGGUCAGAGUGAUGUUCAGCCUGCUGAGGCGGCAGUACGACGGCAUCGGGGAGCUGCUCCGGGCCAUGAAGAAGUCCUACACCAUCAGUGCUGCGUCCGUGCAGGAUGCCAUCAACCUGUUGGUGUCCCUGGGUCAAAUCAGGUCCCUGCUGUCAGUGCGUAUGGGCAAAGAGGAGGAGAAACUCAUGAUCGAUGGUCUCGGUGACAUCAUGAACAAUAAGGUUUUCUACCAACAUCCCAACUUGAUGAGAGUGCUGGGCAUGCAUGAGACCGUCAUGGAGGUGAUGGUCAAUGUGCUGGGAGGAGACAAGUUGCAGGAGAUCGCCUUCCCCAAGAUGGUGGCCAGCUGCUGUCGCUUCUUGUGCUACUUCUGUCGUAUCAGCCGCCAGAACCAGAAAGCCAUGUUUGACCACCUGAGCUACCUGCUGGAGAACAGCAGCGUCGGACUGGCCUCUGAAGCUAUGCGUGGCUCCACUCCGCUGGAUGUGGCGGCCUCCUCGGUGAUGGAUAACAACGGCCUGGCUCUGUCCCUGGAGGAGCCCGACCUGGAGAAGGUGGUGAUGUACCUGGCAGGUUGUGGUCUUCAGAGCUGUGCUAUGUUGCUCGCCAAGGGUUACCCCGACCUGGGCUGGAACCCCAUCGAGGGCGAGCGGUACCUCUCCUUCCUGAGGUUCGUCGUCUUCUGUAACGGCGAGAGCGUGGAGGAAAACGCCAACGUGGUGGUGAAGCUGCUGAUCAGACGUCCCGAGUGUUUCGGCCCGGCCCUGAGGGGAGAGGGAGGCCAGGGUCUGCUGGCCGCCAUGAAGGAGGCCAUCAAGAUCGCUGAGGAUCCAGCUCUGGACCUGCCGGAGAGCCUCAAUGGAGUCACCACUGGGUCUGGGGAGGAGGAAGGAGAAAUCAUCCACAUGGGCAACGCCAUCAUGUCCUUCUACUCGGCUCUCAUCGACCUGCUGGGACGUUGUGCUCCGGAGAUGCAUCUCAUCAACGCGGGUAAAGGUGAGGCUCUGCGUAUCAGAGCCAUCCUGCGCUCCCUGGUCCCGACAACAGACCUGGUGGGCGUCAUCAGCAUCCCCCUCAAAAUGCCUGUGGUUAACAAAGAUGGCACAGUGACCGAGCCCGACAUGUCAGCCUGCUUCUGUCCGGACCACAAGGCCCCCAUGGUGCUCUUCCUGGACCGAGUGUACGGAAUCGAGGACCAGAGCUUCCUGCUCCAGAUGUUGGAGGUCGGCUUCCUGCCUGACCUCCGUGCCUCAGCGUCUCUGGAUACGGAGGUGUUGAGCACCACCGAGACGGCGUUGGCCAUGAACCGGUACAUCGGCUCGGCCCUGCUGCCUCUGCUGACCCGCUGUGCCGCCCUCUUCGCCAGCACCGAGCACUACGCUCAGCUGGUGGACUCCACGCUGCAGACCAUCUACCGGCUGUCCAAAGGCCGCUCGCUCACCAAAGCCCAGAGGGACGCCAUCGAGGACUGUCUGCUGGCCAUCUGCAAGCACCUGCGUCCCUCCAUGAUGCAGCAGCUGCUCAGACGUCUGGUGUUCGAUGUUCCCAUGCUCACCGAAUACUGCAAGAUCCCUCUGAGGCUGCUGACCAACCACUACGAGCAGAACUGGAAGUACUACUGCCUCCCGGCCGGUAUGACCCCCUUUGGCACAGCCUCCGAGGAAGAGCUGCUCCUCACCAAGAAACUAUUCUGGGGAAUCUUUGACUCGCUUUCUCAGAAGAAGUACGAUGGUGAACUUUUCAAAAUAACCAUGGCGUGUCUGUGCGCCAUCGCCGGAGCCCUGCCGCCCGACUUCGUGGACUCCAGCCUCGGGGCCACACUGGAGAAAAAGGCGUCGGUGGAUGCUCAGGGCAACUUUGACCCCAAACCUGUUAACACUGCCAACAUCUCCCUUCCUGAAAAACUUGAGUACAUUGCCAACAAAUAUGCAGAGCAUUCCCAUGACAAGUGGUCCUCAGAGAAGGUGUCGGCCGGCUGGAAACACGGAGACAAUAUGGACGAGCAGAGCAAAACCCAUCCGCUGCUGAAAGGUUACAAAGCUCUGAGUGAGAAGGAGAGAGAAACGUACCGCUGGCCCGUGAGGGAGUCGCUGAAGAGCAUGUUGGCGAUGGGCUGGAACAUCGAGAGGACCAAGGAGGGAGACGCCAUCUUCCAACAGCAAAAGAGCUCAGAGUCUCAGGUGAAUUCAUUCAGUCCUGCUCCGAUGGACCUGCACAACGUCAACCUAUCCAGGGAACUACAGGUCGGUUUGUAUUUGACUCUGCACCAGAGGAGAAGCAGGUCUGAAACAUACCAUAAUACUCACAUUGUGGUGUGUGUGUGUGUGUGUGUGCAGGGGAUGGUGGAGGUGGUUGCGGAAAAUUACCACAACAUCUGGGCCAAGAAGAAGAAAACUGAACUCGUUAGCAAAGGAGGAGGGACCCACCCGCUGCUGGUUCCCUAUGACACCCUGACGGCUAAAGAGAAGUACAGAGACAGGGAGAAGGCCCAGGACUUCUUCAAGUUCCUGCAGAUCAGUGGCUACGCUGUCACGAGAGGUCAGAAGGACAUGGAGCAGGAGUCCUCAUCCAUGGAGAAGCGUUUCUCCUUCAAGUUCCUCAAGACGAUGCUCAGCUACAUCGACUCUGCUCAGGAGUUCAUCGCUCACCUGGAGGCCAUGGCCACCAGUGGGAAGACGGACAAAUCACCUCAUGACCAGGAAAUUAAGUUCUUUUCCAAGGUGUUGCUUCCUCUGGCAGAUCAAACCUUUAAGAACCACUCUCUCUACUUCCUGUCCACGCCCAGCAAGAACAUGAGCAGCUGCGGCUGUGCCUCCAACAAAGAGAAAGAGAUGGUCACAAGCCUGUUCUGUAAACUGGCCGCUCUUGUCAGACAUAGGAUCUCUCUCUUCGGGAGUGACUCGGCGAUGAUGGUGAGCUGUCUGCACAUCAUCACUCACUCCCUCGACACCAGGACAGUGAUGAAGUCCGGCUCGGAGCUGGUCAAAGCCGGCUUCAAGAGUUUCUUCGAGAACGCGGCCGAGGACCUGGAGAAGCUGUAUGAGAUGUUGAAACUGGGGAAGUUCAUGCAGUCGCGGGCCCAGAUGAAGAGCGUGAGCCAGAGCAUCAACUACGUGACGGUGGCACUGCUGCCCAUCCUCACCGCUCUGUUCGAACACAUCAGGACUCACGAGUUCGGAGUGGAACUGCUGUUGGAUGACGUUCAGCUUUCCUGCUACCGAAUCCUGACGUGUUUCUACUCCCUGGGAACAGGAAAGAACCCGUUUGUGGAGCGGCAUCUUCCUGUUCUGGGUGAGAGUCUGGCCACCUUGGUGGGGGCCAUGCCUGUAGCCUUCCUGGAGCCCCACCUCAAUGCCCACAACCCAAUAUCUGUCUUCAACACCAAGACCCCCCGAGAGAGAGCCAUUCUCAGCAUGCCGGACACGGUGGUGGAGAUGUGUCCGGAGAUGCCUCGGCUCGACCGGCUCCUGAAGGACGUGAACGACGUCUCGGACGCUGGAGCUCGCUACAGUGACAUGCCAGAGGUCAUUGAGGUGAUCCUGCCCACGCUGUGUAACUACCUGUCCUACUGGUGGGAGAAAGGCCCAGAGAAUUCCCCUCCAGACGCCCCCUGCUGCACCAUGGUGACUUCUCAACACCUCAGCAUCAUCCUGGGAAACAUCCUGAAGAUCCUCAACAACAACCUGGGCAUCGAAGACGCUCCCUGGAUGAAGAGGAUUGCAGUCUACUCUCAGCCAAUCAUCUGCAAGGCUGGAGCAGAUCUGCUGAGAACCCACUUCCUGCCCACGAUGGAAAAAUUGAAGAAGAAGACAGUGAAGGUCGUGUCGGAGGAGGAGCUGCUGAAGGCCGACAGUAAAGGUGACACCCAGGAGGCUGAGCUGCUCCUCCUGGAUGAGUUCGCUGUGCUCUGCAGGGACCUCUACGCUUUCUAUCCCAUGCUCAUCCGCUACGUGGAUAUCAACAGGUCUCGGUGGUUGAAGGAGCCUGAUGAAUACUCCACGGAGCUCUUCAGGAUGGUGGCUGAGAUCUUCAUCCUCUGGUGCAAGUCACCUAACUUUAAGCGUGAGGAGCAAAACUAUGUGGUUCAGAAUGAGAUCAACAAUCUGGGCUUCCUGACUGAAGAAGGCAAGACGAAGAUGUCCAAGUCAGGUGGGGACCAGGAGAGGAAACACAAGCGGCGUCGUGGUGAAUAUUAUUCCAUCCAGACGUCUCUGAUCGUCGCUGCCUUGAAGAAGAUGCUGCCCAUCGGCCUCAACAUGUGCACCCCAGGGGACCAGGAGCUCAUCUCAUUGGCCAAGAUACGCUACAGCCUGAAAGACACAGAUGACGAGGUGAAGGAGCACCUGCGUCAGAAUCUCCAUCUCCAGGACAAAUCUGAUGACCCAGCGGUCCAGUGGCAGCUGGACCUGUACAAGGACGUGGUGGUGAAGGCCGAUGGACCCGCAGACCCGGAACACGCGGUGGUUCGAGUCCAGAGCAUCUCCGCUGCAGUUUUCCAUCUGGAGCAGGUGGAGCAGCCUCUGAGGAAUAAGAAGUGUGUGUGGCACAAGCUUCUGUCCAAACAGCGUAAGCGAGCCGUGGUGGCUUGUUUCCGUAUGGCGCCGCUCUACAAUCUGCCCCGGCAUCGCGCUAUCAACUUCUUCAUCCCGGCCUAUCAGAGACUUUGGAUAGAGGCAGAGGAGUACUCCUUUGAGGAGAAGCUAGUGCAGGAUCUGGCAAAAACUCCCAUGAAGAUUGUGGAGGAGGAGGAAGAGGAGGUGGCUGAGGCGCAGCCCGACCCUCUUCAUCAGCUCAUCCUCCACUUCAGCCACAACGCCCUGACAGAGAGGAGUCACUUGGAACAAGAUCCUUUAUAUAUUGCCUACGCAGACAUGAUGGCAAAGAGCUGUGCAGAGGAUGAGGAGGAAGAAGAGGAAGAAGGGAAAGAAAAAACGUUUGAGGUACUCCCGUUCAUUCUUAGCAAUUUGAAUCACUUAAAGUUCAAAAUGUCUCUUAUUCUGACUCUGUGUUUUGGAUUUCAGGAAAAAGAGAUGGAAAAGCAGAAGAUCCUGUAUCAGCAGGCGAGGCUGCACGCCCGUGGGGCAGCGGAGAUGGUGCUGCAGAUGAUCAGCGCCAGCAAAGGUCGUUUGGGCCCCAUGGUGACGUGCACCCUCAAACUGGGGAUCUCCAUUCUAAAUGGAGGCAACGUGCACGUUCAACAGAAAAUGCUUGAUUACCUGAAAGAAAAGAGAGAUGCAGGGUUUUUCAAGAGCCUCUCAGGACUGAUGCAGUCUUGCAGUGUCCUGGACUUGAAUGCAUUUGAGAGGCAGAACAAAGCAGAAGGUCUCGGCAUGGUGACAGACGAAGGGUCUAGCUCCAAGGUGCUUCAGAACGACGAGUUCACCAAAGAUCUGUUCCGGUUUUUGCAACUUCUCUGUGAGGGGCACAACGGAGAUUUCCAGAACUUCCUGAGAACCCAGACUGGAAACACAACCACAGUCAACAUCAUCAUCAGCACUGUGGACUAUCUGCUCCGUCUGCAGGAGUCUAUCAGUGACUUCUACUGGUACUACUCCGGCAAAGACGUCAUUGACGAGACUGGAAAAGUCAACUUCUCCAAAGCUCUCUCUGUAGCCAAGCAGAUAUUCAACUCACUGACUGAGUACAUUCAGGGCCCGUGUAUUGGGAACCAGCAGAGUCUGGCUCACAGCAGACUGUGGGACGCAGUCGUUGGCUUCUUGCAUGUGUUUGCCAACAUGCAGAUGAAGCUUUCACAGGACGCCAGUCAGAUUGAGCUGCUGAAGGAGCUGAUGGACUUACAGAAGGACAUGGUUGUCAUGCUGCUGUCCCUGCUGGAGGGUAACGUGGUGAAUGGGACGAUUGGAAAGCAGAUGGUGGACACCCUGAUGGAGUCCUCCAGCAACGUGGAGAUGAUCCUCAAGUUCUUCGACAUGUUCCUCAAACUGAAGGAUCUGACGACCUCGGACAACUUCCGGGAGUACGACCCCGAGUGCAAGGGCAUCAUCUCGAAGAAGGACUUCCAGAGGUCCAUGGAGAGCCAGAAACAGUACAGCCAGUCGGAGAUCGACUUCCUGCUCUCGUGUGCCGAGGCCGAUGAGAACGACAUGUUUAAUUACAAGGAGUUCGUGGAGCGGUUCCACGAGCCGGCCAAAGACAUCGGCUUCAACGUGGCGGUGCUGCUCACCAACCUGUCGGAGCACAUGCCGCACGACUCUCGACUCAACACCUUCCUGGAUCUGGCGGAGAGCGUGCUCAGCUACUUUGAACCUUACCUGGGUCGCAUUGAAAUCAUGGGCAGUGCCAAGCGCAUCGAGAGGAUUUACUUUGAGAUCAGCGAGUCGAGCCGCGAGCAGUGGGAGAAGCCGCAGGUCAAAGAGUCCAAGCGGGAGUUCAUCUUCGCCGUGGUCAACGAGGGCACGGAGAGCGAGAAGAUGGAAAUGUUCGUGAACUUCUGUGAGGACACCAUCUUUGAGAUGCAGCUGGCCUCGCAGAUCUCCGAGCCGGACGUGGUGGAACAGCCUGAGGAGGAGGAAGACGAGGACGGGCACAGCAUCCUGGGCGACCUGGAUGAAGAGGAAGGAGGCGCCCUGGAGUCGGCCUCGGCCUUCAGCGCCGCCUGUUGCUCCGUCAAGAAGAAGAUGGCGAACGUCCGCCAAAUAUUUUCUUUUAAAAACGUUCGCAAGCAGUUCAAGAAAGUCAAGAAACUGAGCAUCAGGGAGAUCAUCACGGGCUUCUUCUCCUUCUUCUGGAUGCUCUUCACCGGCUUCUUCAAAGGAAUCUACAGCCUCGUCUUCGGCUUCUUCCACCUCAUCUGGUCCUCCAUGUUCGGCGGGGGCCUGGUGGAGGGGGCCAAGAACAUAAAGGUGACGGACAUCCUGGGAAACAUGCCGGACCCGACCCAGUUCGGCAUCCACGGGGAUGUGGUGGAAGGAGAGAAGGUGGAGGCCGUGGAGUCGUCGAGAAGCUUGGACACGGCCCUGGCGCCGGCGGGAGACAUCGCCGAGGUGGACUUGUUGCUGGAGCUGCUGUCCAAUCCUAAAAGGGAGGGGGGGAAACACGUGGAGCUCGGCCUGGGCGACGUCUCCGAGCAAGGGGCAGAAGUAUCCAGCUCGGACCAGAAAAAGAAGGCCGCCGCCCACCCCUUCGACGCCCCCGAGAGCCAACCAGAAAAAGCCGACACCGAGAAGGAGGACCAGCCAAAGCAGGAGGAAGCAAAGGAGCCGGUGACGGAGGAGAAGCCCAAGCCCCGGUCCAGUCAACCCAAAGAGGCGGCGCCGGCCUUCAUGUCCACCGUCCUCGCCUUCCUGGUCGUCUACCUGACCAAGAUGCUGAACCUCCUGGCUCGUAACUUCUACAACCUGCGGUUCCUGGCUCUGUUCGUGUGUUUCGCCAUCAACUUCAUUCUGCUCUUCUACAAGGUCACGUCGGAGCCUGAAGAGGAAAUCGACGACGACACCCAGUGGGCGGAGGACGAUGAGUACGAAGAGAACACGCUGUUCGACAUGGACGAGUUCGUGCUCCAGGAGCGGAGCGGCUACAUGCUGCCCACGCUGCGCUUCCUGGCCGUGUUCCACACCGUCAUCUCACUGGUCUGCCUGGUCGGCUACUACUACCUGAAGGUUCCUCUGGUGGUGUUCAAGAGGGAGAAGGAGAUCGCCCGGGAGCUGGAGUUCGACGGCCUCUUCAUCACCGAGCAGCCGUCUGACGAUGACAUCAAGGGCCAAUGGGAUCGACUGGUCAUCAACACGCCGUCUUUCCCCAACAACUACUGGGACAAGUUCAUCAAGCGGAAGGUGAUCAACAAAUAUGGCGACAUGUACGGAGCUGAGCGCAUCGCCGAGCUGCUGGGUCUGGAUAAGAGCGCCCUGGACUUUGACCCCACGGUGGAGACUGUGGAGAAAGAAGCCUCCCUGGUCUCCUGGCUGAGCUCCAUCGACACCAAGUAUCAGAUCUGGAAGAUGGGAGUGGUUCUGACCGACAACUUGUUCCUGUAUCUCAUCUGGUACGCCACCAUGUCCACCCUGGGACACUUCAACAACUUCUUCUUCGCCGCUCACCUGCUGGACAUCGCCAUGGUCUUCAAGUCGCUGCGCACCAUCCUGUCCUCCGUCACUCACAACGGGAAGCAGCUGGUGCUGACUGUGGGUCUGCUGGCUGUGGUCGUCUAUCUCUACACCGUGGUGGCCUUCAACUUCUUCAGGAAGUUCUACAACAAGAGCGAGGACGAGGACGAGCCCGACAUGAAGUGUGACGACAUGAUGACGUGCUACUUGUUCCACAUGUACGUGGGGGUGCGAGCGGGCGGUGGGAUCGGAGACGAGCUGGAGGACCCGGCCGGAGACGCCUACGAGCUCUACCGCAUCCUGUUCGACAUCACCUUCUUCUUCUUCGUCAUCGUCAUCCUGCUCGCCAUCAUUCAAGGUUUGAUCAUCGAUGCCUUCGGGGAGCUGAGAGAUCAGCAGGAGCAGGUGAAGGAGGACAUGGAGACCAAAUGCUUCAUCUGUGGCAUCGGGAACGACUACUUUGACCGGACGCCUCACGGGUUCGAGACUCACACCUUACAAGAGCACAACCUGGCCAACUACCUGUUCUUCCUGAUGUACCUGAUCAACAAGGACGAGACUGAACACACGGGUCAGGAGUCCUUUGUGUGGAAGAUGUACCAGGAGAGAUGCUGGGACUUCUUCCCGACUGGAGACUGCUUCCGCAAACAGUACGAGGACCAGUUGGGUUAGCGAGGUGGGCGACGACGCCCCGCCCCCCCCAACCCAACCCCACCCACCUCUACUUUCCUUCCACCUGAAAGAGACAAUGAAAUCGACCUCACCCUGUUAACAGAACCUGAACACUCUCUCUCUGCUGCCAUGGUGUCGGAAAGAAAAACAUGAAUCAUUUUCAAUUUAAAACCUUUAAAAACAAAAUAAUACGAAUUCUAAGGAGCGAGUGGACAUCUGUGCAUCCGAGUCCUUUUUUCUGUCACCUGCUACGAUAGCUCUUUUAUGCAAAGUCAUCUCUUGAUUCUGACUCACAUUGCCUUCACACCUAAUCCACCCCCGACCUGCGGCACCAGCUGCUGUGUGGUUUGAAACACGUGGAGGGGUCACAGCAUGACGACUGAAUGUCUGAAUAUGACGAUUUUCUAGAUUGACGCCCGGACGUCAGAGUCACUUCUCGAACCACCUGAGUGGACGUGUUCUGCUGCUGCUGCUAUUGAUCCAGAUGAAACGAGCGAUCUGCCUUUCACCUCCUGGUUCACGUCCGUCUGAGGACCAGAUGAACCCGGUUCCUCCGGGAGCAGAGGCGACUUCACGUUAGGUGAUUCAUCACGAGCCGACGUGCCUUAACACAAAACUAUGCACCAAAAAAAAAAUCUAGAGGAAAAACAGAAUUUUUCUUCCCUCCUGACACAAGCGGCGCUCUUAGUUACAAAGCAGAUUUUUGCUCGUGGUAGUUUUGUGGCUUUUACUUAAAAAAGAUAAAAACCCAGAAACAUUUGUUGUAUAAAAUCUAGAUGACCCUUUGUGUACAUGUUGCUUAGUUUGGUUCCUAAGCUGUGGCGUCCUGCCUGCCUGCACUUCUUUCCACAGUAGAAGAACCCCACAACAAGAGGAAAACGGAGAAAACAAAACCUUGUUCAGGGAUUUAUUGACGACAAGAUGGUUGACUGCUAUUGUGUGGCCAUUUGUAUGUAUGUAGACGCUUUGGUAAGCUGCAUUUCUUUUAACGAGGGGGAGAAAAAUGAAUCCUAAUAAAUCAAUUGACGCAAUAAACCAGA